CAAUUUUCAUAACCAAACGGAUCCUUACUAAAGUGGAUUUACCCUUGCAUCUUUACCCCGCAUGUCACCCCACUAGUGAAAUCCAUCGACGAGGUACAGUUCGCCUGAAUCAUGUUCCAUCUCCGGCAAGUCAUUUUCUCCGUCUUACUUGCUUUCACCCUCUACUCUUCUCUUCAGGCUCAGGCAGAUCCCUCCUUCUCAACCCGACCCACUUCCCCUUUCUCGAUUGCUCUCGAAACUCUUCAAAAUCAAAUCCAGUACACAUUUCAGGAUGUGGAGUUACUACGACGUGCCCUGACGCAUGCAUCAUACUCAGGUGAGAACAACAGAGCUUUGAGCGUUUUGGGGGAGAAGGUAAUUGAGGGUUCGGUUUCUCUGCAAUUGCUUAGCAAGGACAUCGAUAUAUCACCCAAGGAUCUCAAUCGGGUUAUUAUGGAUCUGUCUUCCAAUGUGGUAACAUCAUGCGCUGCUGACGGAGGGCGCUUAGGUUUGCAGAAGAUAAUCAGAGUUUCAAGGAAGACCAAUUCUUCGGCUCCUGCAGUGGUUUGUGGUGCUUUCCGGGCAAUGUUUGGAGCAAUUGCGAUUGACAAGAGUAGCUUGGACAGUGCGGGAAAGGUGUUCUUGACAAUUCACGGGAAAGGCAUGGAGAGAGCUAUGGCGAUGUAAGUAUUCAACUGAUGUUGAUGGUUGUUGAUAUAUUUCUAUUCAGAGGGAACUUUGUUUAUUAGAAUGUGUUGAAGAGUAGCCACUCUGUUUUUAGCUUUGUAUGAGCUGUGUAACUAGUUGACUUGGUAAGACUUAAACUAUGUUGUGUAAUCUAAAUCAUUUGUGUGCACUGCAA